CCGGCUGUUGGAGCACACACACACACACACACACACACACACAAGCGGCACACACACUCUCUCUCACUCACACACGCACACACAGUGAGCGUAGCGGAUGACUGCAGGCUGCUGGUUACCAGCUGGCACGACCACCCUUAUGACCACCGUCCAGACUGUGAGUGUGUGUGAGUGUGUGUGUGAAGGAUGAAACGCUGCAGAUGAUGGGUGGUGGAGGAGGAGUGUGUAUCCUGGAAUGAUCUGAAGAGCUGCUCUUCUGUACGAGCUCAGACUGUGAGGCAGCAAAGUUUGGAGAAACACAUCUGGAGAUGGCGAGUGAUCGUGUGGCCAUUCUGACAGACGACGAGGAAGACCAGAAGAGGAGGUAUGUUCUGGCUGAGCCGUUUAAUACCCUGUCUCUGGGGCAAGAAGCAAACAGUGCCCCACCCAGUCAAACACUGCCACCCGCCUCUUCAGAAACUCCACCCCCACCAGACUCUCAGUCCACAGACUGCCUGCAGCGGAUGUGCCUGAGGGUAGACAGCCGCCUCUUAGUCUCCAAGGUGUUCUAUUUCUUCUUCUAUGCUGCGUACGGCUCCCUGCACCCCCUUCUGGCUGUGUACUAUAAGCAGCUGGGGAUGACCCCCAGCCAGAGCGGCCUGCUGGUUGGGAUCCGCUACUUUAUCGAGUUCUGCAGUGCCCCUUUCUGGGGGGUGGUGGCCGACCGCUUCAACAAGGGCAAGGCUGUGCUGCUUUUCUCUGUGUUCUGCUGGGUGGUCUUCAACUGCGGCAUAGGGUUCGUGAAGCCUGCAGCUAUGACUUGUGUAGAAAAGGUACCAGAUGCUGCACCGGCGGCAAACGGUACGUUGCCUGGUCCUCCAGGAAACCAAAGCAGACAUCGUAGAGAAUUGACGGAAGAGUUAUUUGCCUUGCCGUCACUGAUUCAGGGCUUGGCUGAGGCUCAUAGUUCUCACAAUAGGUACAUAAGAAGUAAUAACAUAAGCACAUUGGAUGUUACUACUGCCAGGAACGUUACCACAGUGCCGUCCAUUGACUUGCUGACUACUGUAUCUACCACAGCCACCACUGCAACCUCAACCACCACAAAAACGACCUCAACCACCACAAGAACGACCUCCACCACCAAGUCAACCUCCUCAACUGCCAAGUCCAAAGAGUAUAUCAUCAUUUACAACAAAGAACAAGUGGAGACCAUCUUCCUCGUAAUCCUGCUGGUCAUCAUCAUUGGCGAGUUCUUCAGUGCUCCAGCCGUGACCAUCGUGGACACGGUGACCCUGCAGUACCUGGGGACGCACCGGGAUCGCUACGGCCUGCAGAGAAUGUGGGGUUCUCUAGGUUGGGGAAUAGCUAUGCUGUCCGUGGGCAUCUGGAUAGACCACACGCACAUCACCCUCAUCAUCCAGGGCGUCGGCUGCAUCCUGCCAGACUACAAGAACUACCGGAGCGCCUUCAUUGUCUUUGGAGUGCUGAUGACGCUGGCCCUCAUCAUUUCCACACUGUUCCGCUUUGAUUCAAGAGACAGUCAGCCAGCCAGUGCAGAGACAGUAGAGCAGCAGAAGCCAGAGGACGCUGAGAUCCCUAACGUGGUCCAGAACCUGUCUGAGUCUGGUUCAGACCAGGCUCCAGUGUGUCCAGAGUCAAGCAGGCGGCCAGCGUUUCCCUAUAAGGACCUUAUCCGCCUGCUGUGUGGUGUCCGUUAUGGCUCCGUUCUUUUCGUGGCCUGGUUUAUGGGCUUUGGCUACGGCUUCGUCUUCACGUUUCUCUACUGGCACCUGGAGGACCUGAAGGGGACCACCACUCUGUUUGGGGUGUGUGCUGUGCUCAGCCACAUCUCUGAGCUCACUGCGUACUUCAUCAGCCACAAACUCAUUGAGCUGGUUGGACACAUCAGAGUGCUGUACAUUGGGCUGGCCUGCAACACCGCACGCUACCUGUACAUUUCCUACCUGGAGAACGCUUGGAUAGUUCUGCCCAUGGAGGUCCUUCAAGGUCUGACGCAUGCGUCCGUUUGGGCAGCGUGCAUUUCGUUCCUGAGUGCAGCGGUGCCUCCAGCUCUGCGCACCUCAGCUCAAGGCAUCCUGCAGGGCCUGCACCUCGGCCUGGGGCGCGGCUGCGGCGCCAUGGUGGGCGGAGUCUUCGUCAACUACUUCGGAGCGGCUGAAACCUUCAGGGGAUUAGGAAUGGCCUCUCUCCUCAUUCUGCUCAUCUUUGCCCUCAUUCAGAGUCUUAUUGGGGACAGUGAAGAUAAAAGAAACUCGAUGUUGGCCGAGAACAUUCCAGUGCCUUCCAGUCCCGUGCCUAUUGCCACCAUAGACUUGGUGCAGAACCAUUCUGAGGCUGCAGCCAGGCCAGAAAGCAAGGCUUCUGCCAAGAAGAGCAAGGCUCAGGAAGAACAGGAGGAUGUAAACAGGCCGCCGUGGGUGGUGUCCACUUCCCCUUGGGUCAGCAUCGCCUUCGCCCUCCACCAGAUCAGAGAUAUGGUCGCCAAGACGAAAAACAACCCGCCCAACCAGGAAGCUCCGCAGGAGAGCAGUGAACAGGAGGCGUCCACAGCACCAUCUCCUGGACAGACUUCGUCUCAACCCAGCCAGUCUUCUGGUGCACCAGACGAAGCCUCUGCCCACGAGGACAAUCCAGCUCAGCCAGUUUCUGAUCACAGUGAUCAGACUGUUUCACAUCAUGCAGAUUCUGGCAAUUCAGCAGAAGACCCUGAAGCUCCCCCUGAAGAGGAAGAGGUUUCCGAGACCCCCAGCACUUUGCCAGAUCAGCCUCCCCAACAGCUCCCUGAAACAGACUGCUGAGAGGAUGAGAGAGUGAGCUCUCAAAUUGAGGGUCAGAUCUCCUCCCGUUUGUCCACAAUGGAAGAAGUACUGUAGCUUUAUAAAGUAAACACUGUGUACAGUAUGAUGAAUGAUGUCCACAGUAUGAUGAAGGUAUGAACUUUGGACCAAAGAACAGAUGUCAGGUGUAUUUAUCUGUUGCUGAAUCGUUUUAACCCGCCCUUUAAACAUGCUUUGCACUGCCUGUGGAUGUUGGUAGCACCUUGUAACCUUAAACAGACUGCUUAUGUAUCAAAACCAUGUCAAAAUGCUGGGAAAACAGUGCACAUAUUUGCUGUGUAAACUCCAGUUAUAUAUUUGCUGGGAAUUAACUGACAGACCAAGCUGUUCAGCUUGAACGAGGGAGCUUCUGUGUGUGUACUGUAGCUACAAUGUGUGACCAAUGUGACCAAAAACAAAAAUACAUACCAAAAAGGAGUGGGCUUCAGCUGCCGGAGCCCUGCGAGAGCACAAUUGGCCUUGCACUUUCCCUACAUCACUUCAAAGGGUGAUGUCGAUCAGCACAAGGCGUCUGUGAGUUGAUGUAUCGAGUUAAGUCGAGUCGAGUCGCUGCACGUUUCUCUAAAUGUGCUAUGAUGCUACUCAGCAAUGCUGCAUCAGCUGCAGUUGGAAAAGAGGCGAUGGUUGACUUCACAUGUAUUAAAGGAGGCAUGUGCUAGUCUUCACCCUCCUGGUGUUGUUUGGAGCAUAUCUAGUGAUAUAGGGAGUCCUAUUGAGUGAAUUCGUUUGACCAAUUGACCUUGUAAAUUUGGAGAAAAUGGGAUAAAAAUUAGAAACAAAUAAAUAAAAAAAAGGAGUGGGCAGUGUUACAGUCUGAUGAAGGCAUUCCUGGAAAAUCUGCACUUGCUGCGUGUGGGCGAGCAUUAUCCUGCUGAAAAAGAUGCAACACAUGGCCACAGGAUACAGUACCAAUCAAAUGUUUGGACACACCUUACAUUCAGUGGAUUGUAGAUUAAUACUAAAGUCAUCCAAACUAUGAGAAAAAAAACAUGAAGAAUUAUUCAAAGUAGCACCUCUUGCUUAGAUUAAACAGCUUUGCACACAUUGGCUGGAUGAUUUUCUCAGUCAGCUUUAUGAGGUAGAGUCACCUGGAAUUCAGGCUUUCAGUUAACAGCUGUGCUGAACUCGUCAAGAGUUAAUUACUUGAAUUUCUUGUCUUUUAAUGUGUUUGAGAGCAUCAGUUGUAAAGUAGUGAAGAGGUAGAGUUACAGGUAUACAGUAAAUAGUUCGAUUUGAGUAAUGUUCUAAUCCAUAUUAUGGCAAGAACUACUCACCUAAGUAAAGAAAAAAAAUACUUUUAUUUAUAGAAAUGAAGGUCAGUCAAAAAAGUAUUCUCAAGUGCAAGUCACAAAUACCAUUAUGAAACAUUAUGAUGAAACUGGCUCUCAUCAGGACCACCCCAGGAAAGGAAGAGCGAGUUUUCUCUGUUGUACAGGAUAAGUUCAUCAGAGUUACCAGCCUCAGAAAGCUCAAGUAAACAGCUCCCUAAAUAAGAGCACCUAAAUGCUUCACAGAGUAUUUCGGUUUGUUUAACACUUUUAAGUUACUACAUGAUUCCUUAGGUGUUGCUUUUUCAUAAUCUGGAUGACUUCAGUAUUAAUUUAAUAAAAAAAUAAAAACAUGAGAAUGAGAAGGUGUGACUGGACUUUUGACUGGUACUGUAUCUGCCUGAGAUUUUUUUUUUUUUGGUUAGAGUGUGUACCUGGCAGAUAUAGGGCAUAAAGCAUUUCACUUUAAGCUCAUAAUCCACCAGUGUGUCCUUUAAAAGCCCAGCUGUAGAUGCCA